GCGCGGCGGCGGGCCCCGGCGGCUGCGCGCGAGCUGCGGCCGUUGCCCCGCCCGCGCGGGGGAGGCGGGCGCGCGGGGGUGGCGGCGCGGCGGGGCGAUGUUCGUGGCGCGCAGCAUCGCGGCGGAUCACCGCGACCUCAUCCACGAUGUCUCCUUCGACUUCCACGGGCGCCGCAUGGCCACCUGCUCCAGCGACCAGAGCGUCAAGGUUUGGGACAAAAGUGAAAAUGGGGAUUGGCAUUGCACUGCCAGCUGGAAGACACAUAGUGGAUCUGUGUGGCGUGUGACGUGGGCCCAUCCUGAAUUUGGGCAGGUCCUGGCUUCCUGCUCUUUUGAUAGAACUGCAGCUGUAUGGGAAGAAAUAGUGGGAGAGUCAAAUGAUAAACUCCGAGGCCAGAGUCACUGGGUAAAGAGGACCACUCUGGUAGACAGUAGGACAUCUGUUACAGAUGUAAAGUUUGCACCCAAGCAUAUGGGUCUUAUGUUAGCAACCUGUUCAGCAGAUGGAGUUGUAAGGAUAUAUGAAGCUCCAGAUGUGAUGAAUCUAAGUCAGUGGUCACUGCAGCAUGAAAUCUCAUGUAAGCUAAGCUGCAGUUGUAUUUCUUGGAAUCCUUCAAGCUCUCGAGCACAUUCUCCCAUGAUAGCUGUAGGAAGUGAUGACAACAGUCCAAAUAUAUUGGCUAAGGUUCAAAUUUAUGAAUAUAAUGAAAAUACCAGGAAAUACGCAAAAGCAGAAGCUCUGAUGACAGUCACAGAUCCUGUACAUGAUAUUGCAUUUGCUCCAAAUCUGGGAAGGUCCUUCCACAUCUUAGCUGUAGCAACCAAAGAUGUACGGAUUUUUACACUAAAACCUCUAAGGAAAGAAUUGACCUCAUCUGGAGGAUUAACAAAAUUUGAAAUUCAUAUUGUGGCACAGUUUGAUAAUCACAACUCCCAGGUGUGGCGAGUGAGCUGGAAUAUUACAGGCACAGUGCUUGCCUCCUCUGGUGAUGAUGGCUGCGUUAGGCUCUGGAAGGCUAAUUACAUGGACAACUGGAAGUGUACUGGUAUACUGAAAGGUAACGGGAGUCCAGUGAAUGGUAGUUCUCAGCAGGGAAUUUUUAAUGCCUCUCUAGGUUCAGCCAAUACCAGCCUACAGAACUCACUAAAUGGAUCAUCUGCCAGCAGGUAUUUCUUUCCCCCUCUGGAUUCCCCACGGGCUGGAUCGAGAUGGUCCAGUCAUGCCCAGCUCCUUCCUCCUCCUCCUCUGAUAGAGCACUCUUGCGAUGCUGACACUGCCAACCUCCAGUAUCCUCACCCUCGCAGACGAUGUGUAUCUCGGCCUCUUAAUCUAUUACCUGAGAAUGAAGGGUAUAAACUUACGAUGCUGCUGAGUGUGAAUUUUCGCUCCCAUGCUAGCUUUUUGCGAUCCCCGCACCAGGAGCAGCAGGACACUGUAGGAGUGCGUGGUAAAAGUAUCACAUGGAGUAACACCGAGUUCGAUUUAGAUCUUUUGAAGUUGUCAUACACACCUACAGCGUGUACAGGCUGCACGUUGUUCAACCUCAUCCAAGGGACUCAUGCAGCAACAACACGGCAGAAAACACAGACAGGAGCAUUAAGAACGCCUGCCAUACGAACGCAAAAUGUCACCCAAGGAAAUCCGACGAAAGCGUUUCCCCUUCACGAGGCUGAGCCCUGGCUGCUCGGGCACCACGCCUCAGCGGCGGCUCGGGGGCUCCUCCGGCAGGCCCCGCGCUACUCACCGGCACCGGGGUCCAAACCUGGCCGGUCCGCAAGGCAGCACCUAACGGAACCGGACUCCUGCUCCUCCUCCCGGGCCCCGGGCCCCGCGUCCCGGCCCCAACGGCCCCGCCUCGCGCCUCACGGCCGGCGGGGAGCGGCCGGGGGGGCGGGGCCAGCUGCUGGCCCGCGCGCCCCUCGCCCAAUCCGCGACCCUCUCUCUCGCACCGAAACUCCCUCCCCUUGCUGCGCCCUCGCUGGCCCAAUGGCCGGCCUGGGCUCGGGGCUCGACCGCCUCCGAUUGGCUGGCGGCGGGGCGGGGCGGGGCGCGGGCCGGGGCGAGUUUGGGAGGGGAGGCGGCGGCCACGGGCAGGCGCGCCUCGCCGGGGGGGGGCGCUGGGCGGGCGGGGCGGGGCGGCGCGCGCGGCGGGAGCGGCGGUUUGAAGUUUUGGCGGUUGGGCCGCGGUUCCGCCCGGUCCGCUCGGGGCCUGAAGCGGCGGGACGGGACGGGACGGGGCGGGGCGGGCCCCUCGGUGUUGGCCGCGGCAGCUCCCGGGAGGAUGCUGCUGGACCAGGACUGAUUUUUGUUGCCAAGCAGAGUGCUAUUUUAAGCAGCUUGUGCAGGACGAUGGAGGGCUUCAGAAAUAUUGCUGAUGAGACGUUUCCAAGCUUCUUGGGCCAUUCAAUGAAUAGCAGUGCAAGCGUCAUUUUGGAAAAUGUUACUGUUUCCUCAAACCCUGGCCUACCUGUUGCAGCUUCAACUGUUGCCAGGGGUGAAAUGGGCGGUGACAACAGGCUUUCUGAUAUCUGUGCAUCCUAUUUAGAAGGGAAACAUUUGUCUCCAUCAGGAUCUUCUCACAGUAGUCAGGCAGAUCCUGAGCCAGUGGGAAGAUUUGCCCUCAGCUUUCAUGAUGACAUGGAAGCUGCUACACUAAUUGAAGAAGCACAGCCAUCUUCUGGUAGUUUAAAAGAAUCCCACUUGAUAUAUGGAAAACUAGAUCAGAAUGACGCUGAGCAUUCAAAUCACCCUCAAGAUACCUUACUUGAGGUAUUGCCAGUUGAAAGAUUGGAAGAUUUGCCAACUGGAAUGUGUUUUCUUCCAGACAGUAAGAAAAACAAGCUUGGUCCAUCUGAACCUGAAGGUGAAGUCUUAAGUGAUCAUCUUAGCAGUAGCCUUUCAAGUUUUUUGGAAAAUGAGAAACUGUCAUCUCUUACGAGCUCAGAAGGAGAUUCCACUAGUGAUGAUAUUGAUGAUGAAGAGUUCCUUGAUAACCAGCUAGAAGCCUAUUUUGAGCAGCUGAUGCAGCCAGAAAUGACAAGAGGAGAUGCCAACAUACAGAAACUCUCAGAAUGCUGUACAGCACUGAAACUUUCUGAAAAUGGCUUAUUUCAAGAGAGAUUUCAGGUUCCUGACACUUACCAGGCUGUGGCAGGAAUAGACUCUGGAAAUGCUAGUGAUGAAGAUUCACCAAAUCAAGAGACAACUGGAUGUCUUGUACAAAGAGGAACACUGCCCAGGGAAGUACAGCAACUGAAUUCUGUGACUACUGGAGAUUCCUGUACUGCUGCUGAGUUGCAGUUAGAUUCACAGUAUCUUCAGUGCAUGGAGAGCCAUAAAGCUGGUGUCUCAGAUGUACUUCCAAGGCAAGAAACACAGUCCUCUGAGUGUCAGGCUGUUGAUUCUGAAGGACUACGCACAGCAAGUGGAUUUUUGGGGCACCACACCUCUCCUAAAGUUCUCUUUAGUGCAAAUGUUCCUCAGACAAAUACAACUGAAUAUGGAGUCAGUCUUGCUGAAACUUACUUGUCUCCAACUCCAGACAACUGUGAGAACAUAAGUUUAGCUACAACAGACAAAGGUGAUUUACCACACAGCAUUGUCUAUCAAAAUGAAGAGGGCAAGUGGGUAACUGAUCUUGCAUAUUAUACUUCAUUUGAUGAAGAACAAGAUUUAAAUCUGUCUGAAGAUGAUAAAAUAAAUGAGGAGUUCAUAACUGGAUCUGAAGCAGCAGCUAUGAUUGCACAAGACCAGGAAGAAUUUGAGAGAGCACACAGACUUGUGCAGGCAUCAAAAGCAGACAGUCUAAAUGCAUCUGAAUUAGGAGAUACUUCCUGGAAAUCUGCCAACAGCUGCAUUCUGCAGAGAAAAUCUGAUUUUGAUAAAGAUGCCAGUUAUUUACGUUUGUCUUUGGGGGAGUUCUUUGGUCAGCGAUCGGAGGCUCUUGGUUGUCUUGGUGGAGGCAGUGAUGUGAAACGGCCAUCUUUUGGUUACUAUAUUACCUCUCCAAAGAAAAGGCAACCGGUUGCUUUGCUGAGGCAAUCUGAUUCAUCAGGAGGUGACAGUGGCCAAGAGACUUCGCAGUUGUCUGAGGUGUUUCAAGAUGACUUAAAAGCACAAACAAAACAACAUGCAAAUUCUACCAGCCGUGAAGGGGCAUGGCAGAUGAUGGAGGCUGCAGCUCAAAUACCUAAAAGCACUAAUACAGAAGUUACUAUCAAAAGUAAAGCAAAGGUUGCAAUUCAUAAAGACAAGCCUGAAGAUGGCUCAUCUAAUCCUUUUGACUCUGUCCUGAGUAUUAGCACAAUUGCCUCUGCCAUUGCUGAUGCUUCCUCCAGUGCUGAUCCUUCACAGCUAGCUGCUAUGAUCAUAGCACUCUCUAAUAAAACUAAAAGAACAUGUUUCCGUCCUGAAAUUGUUAAAGAGAUGGAACUUCCUGCUGAUCCGGUAUCGUACAGCAAUGUGGAAAACUCUGGGUUUGAUAUGGAAAAGUACAUCAAAAAAACAGAUGAGAUUGGACAUGAAAGUGAAUAUGAGAGUAUUGUGAAACAUGAAGCAUCUGUCCAGAACCUUGUGCCUGAGAGCUUUCUACUGGGUAAAGAUAAAGUUAAGGACACUCUGGCUGAUAGCAAGCAGCAAGAAAUAGAGAAACGUUUUCUGGAUAAUUUUAAUGAAGAAAAUAAUAUUCAGAAUUUUUCUAUUGUUUCUGAUGUUCCCAACCGCGAAGACACAACAGCAAAUAGUAAUAAAUAUUCAGAAAAGUUGACAGAUUUAGUAAACAGUAAACAUUUACAGUCAGUGAAUGCUGAUCUAAGAUCAGAUAUGCUCCAUACCCGAACCUCACCUACUGGAAACAAAGCGCUGAUGUGUGGAAUUCCUUCAGCAGCACAAAUUGAAGCAGCACAGGGAAGUUCGCUUGCUUACCAGACCAAUGAGCUCACUAGUAAAUGUAUUGGAGAAGAUGCGGAAACGGUGUAUCAAGAAACAAGUGCUGUUCCUGAACUGUGUAAUGAUUUGGAGGAGAGAAAUAUGGGAAAUAAUGUGUUACUCAGCAACUUAAAACUGCCCAAGCAGUCUAGUAAAUAUGUCACAGUAACUCCUGUAAAAGUAAAGCCUAUGCAGAAAUUAAACAACGCUGAAAAGAAGCAAACUGCAAAAAUAGAGGAGAGAAACAAAGAUGCCAGUAGUUCUUGUGGUAGGAAUGUGAAACAUGUAACUUUUGAGGGGCUCUCCCCACCUUCCCAGAGAAGUACUGAGCAUAAAGCUGUUCUACCUGAAUGUGACUUGCCACCUCCGGAGGAAGAGCAGUAUAGCUUCAGACCUUCAACUUCACCACUAAUUCACUCUUCUCCUAGUGAGACUUCUGGAACAGUAUUUUCAGGGUCUGAAGCUUGCAUAUCGUAUUAUCAGGAACCUUCUUGCCAAGAGGGUGUACUACCUCAGUCGGUUUGCUCCAGUGUUAGCAUGAGCAGAUUAACAUAUGUCUCUGCAUCUGACAGUACGCUUAAGAACUCAACUGUAACGUGUGAUCCAGAUACACACUUGAGUGAAACUGCUAGUGAGCUCAGCACAACAAUAAUUCAAGCCAGCCCGACUCCUCAGGAACAUAGAAAUGAAAAUCUAGAAGACCACUCAUGUAAAAGAAAUAGAAAAGAAGCUCUCCUUCAUAUUGACCAGAAAUCAAAAGAAAAUGAACUUGCAGGUCUUAAAAGAAAACUUAAUGAUGUGCUGAGUCAAGAGCUGCCCAGAGCAGAUGUUCUGAAGAAUGAAAAGCAGCUAGCAUCUAUUCCUUCAAACGUAGCAGCAAAUGAUAAAGAGCUAGACCGUGUUAAAUCGGCUUUACCAGGUAAAUGCUGCAUCCUUGAGCCACUUUCUACUAAUGCUGAUGCACAAGAAAUGUGGCAGAAUCAAAGAAGCAAAGUAGAGAGACAAGUAUUGCAGUCUUUAAAUGUAUUACCCAUAUAUCCUGGAUGGUUCAAUCAAAACUCAUCUGAUGAACAGCAUGUUCCUAUUCCAGGCUUUAAACCCCAUGUUACUACCUCUGAGAAUCAAGCAAUUUCUUCUGUUCCUACGUUGCUUACAGGGCAUUCUCUUGCAACGACUCCAUUUGCACAACAGCACCUGGGAAAUACACCAUCUACUGGAAAUCCAGUUUUGUCUCAGUUUCAAGGCUGCAGCUCUGCAGGUUUUGGUCUUCCAGCAGGGCUUCCUUGUUCUGGUAUCCCAGCAGGACAUGUUGAGAAUCCACUUAUGGUCGGAAUUCCUUUCGGUCCAAAUAUUUGUCCUGGGUCUCUGGGGACAGCUCCACUUUGUAAUCCACAUUCUGCUUCCUGGAACAAGAAUAUUUUAAAUAUAAAAUCAUAUACUGGACAAUCACUUGGAGCUGGUAGAAAUGAAUGGGAGUUGUCAAAGACACCUGGUACUGGACAUGUAAAAGUACCAGAAGAAUUGAAGUUUCCUAAUGCCUGUUGUGUGGGAAUUGCAUCACAGACAGUUCUUAACAUUUUUAAUCCAACUGGACGGUGGUUGCAGGUCAGCAUUGGAAUACUCAGUGUUUCAGUUAAUGGGAAAAAGAUGGAUCCUGUGAAAUAUCAAUGUCUCGUUUUCAAGAACAAAACCAUUGUAGGACCCUAUUCUACCAGUGAUGUGAAAAUACUUUUCUUACCUUGUCAUUCGGGAGUCUUUCAGUGUAUUCUCAAUGUUUCAUCUUGGCCAGUUUCUGCAGAUGCUGAGACAGUUGUUCAGGCCGAAGCUUUGGCCAGUAGGGUAGUUCUGACAGCAGUUGCUGAAAAUCCUAAUUUAGAAGUGGACACAGGAAAAAGAGAUUACCUGGAUUUUGGUGACUUGACUUCUGGCAGUUGGAAGGCUCUUCCAUUAAAACUUAUCAACAAAACCCAUGCUUUUGUGCCGAUUAGACUUAUUAUUAAUGCUAAUGCAGUAGCUUGGAGUUGCUUCACUUUUUCCAAGGAGCCGGUUAAUUCUUGUAAAGAGCAAUCACUUCAAAUGGAUGCAGUUUCUCAGAUACCAACUCCAUCAGUUGUAAACCAUGUGAUACAUGCAAGCCAUGAUGGACAAGAUCCUGAAGCGUUAACAGUUUGGGUUGUAUUCCACGCACCUAAGAAACAAAUUUCUUGUUCAGAUUCCCUGGGUCCUGCAGAUGAAUUCUUGGCAAGAGUUGAUGUGGAACUGGAUAGUCCAGGACCUAGCAGUGUAAUUAAAAGUAUUCCUCUCCGAGCAAGAGCUGGAACAGCAAGGAUACAUGCUCCAAAGACCUUACAGACAAUAUAUUUCUCUGCUAGUGUGGGUUCAACAGCCAAACAACAGCUGCCAUUGAAAAAUGCUGGAAACAUUGGUGUGAGUUUGAAAGUUAAGGCAUCAAAUCAGGACAGCUGCUUUGCUGUUGAAUCUGAGGAUCUUUUCCUUCUUCCUGGACAAGAACAAGAAGUCACUGUCCUAUUUUUUCCAAAAACCAAAACAAAUACAGAAAGUUCUCUGAAAGUCCUUGUGCUGCCAUCUGGGCCUCAAUAUGAAGUGAUGUUAAAAGGUGAAGUGAAGUCUGAGGAAAAGAGACCUGUGUCUACAGCUUCUGGCUUCUCAGACAUCCCACCCAUUCUCUCCAACAAGCAAUUCAUUGCCUGGGGAGCAGUAACACUUGGAACAUCAGUCCAGCGGAAGUUAACUUUAAGAAAUGACUCUCCAUCUGUAACCCAGCAUUUGAGACUGUUGAUAAGAGGUCCGGAUCAAGACUGCUUUCAGCUGCAAAGUAUAUUUGGAUCAGACGAACGCUUGACUAGUAAUUGGGAACUCAAAAUUCGUCCCAAGGAAGAUACAAAUAUAUAUUUGAUGUUUACACCUACUCGAGUAACUUGCUGCUUUGCAAAGCUGGAAAUCAAAAAUCUGGGGAUUCAGUCACAGCCAGGAAUUAAGUUCACUAUACCGUUGUCAGGAUAUGGAGGAAAAAGCAAUGUAACUAUAGAUAAUACUGGUAAUCUGUUAGGUACUUAUAUAGUAACACUGGAUGAAGUAUUACCUGCAAGAUUAAGGAGAACUUCCUUCCGCAUAAGAAAUACAGGUUCUCGGGCUGCCUAUGUUAAAGCUCAGUGCUUUUCAAGCCUAACAACAAAAACAGUUAUGGAUCCUCAGGUAAUGAUGGUAUCUCCAGAGAAGUUUGUACUAAGAGAAGGAAUGCAUGAAGUGAUCACUAUAAUGUGGAAUCCAGUGGAAAAUGAGGACAAAGUUGACAAAAAAAAUGCAUUUAUAUCAACAGUAUGUCUUUUUUGGGGAGAUGAAAUUUCUAGGCAGCAAUAUCGUAGAGCAUUGUUUGAUAAACCGAUGGCUGGAAACCAGAUACUUUCAGGAAAGACCCUCUUGCGAAAUAUUGAAUUUGAUGAAGAAUUUCAAGGGGAGCAGCUUGUGACAGAAGUAUGUGAUAUGCCACAGAAAGCGAACAAUAUCUAUCUGUUCUAUGCAAAUAUGCAAAAGAUUAUCAUUUUUGUGUUUGGAAGUUCCACUGUUGAUCAGGAUGGAUUUCAGCAGUCUCCUGGAUGUCAUUUGGAAUCAGACAGACUUAAGAGCCCUGUCAGAAAUAUGAGUGCAACUUUGGAUGUUCUUCCUGUUAGAGGACCUCAGGGUCCUCCAUUGCCUGUAGAAACUGAUCAUCUGGUUCAGAAUAAAUCAGAUGCUCAACAGACUUGGGCUGUUAAACCUGAGUACUUGACUUUGACACCACCUUCUAUUAGUGGAACAGCUGACACUGAACAUGUACAAAUUGUCAACAAUUCUAAUAGGAUGCUGACAUUUGAGCUUUCAUGGCCAGCUCACUGCCUUACUAUAACUCCACAACAUGGAGUUAUUGAACCAGAGAGCAGUGUGCAAGUUCUGGUGAGUCCUAAUCCAUCUCUUGCCACAAAACCUUCAUUAAUUCCUUGGAGUGGCCUAAUAUAUAUCCAUUGUGAUAAUGGACAAAAGUUUAUUAAGGUGCAGAUUCGAGAGCAAGCUGCAGAGCGUGUGUCUGGAGCAGAGUUUCCAUGUAAAGGAUGUAAUAUAUAUAGUCCACAGCCUCAAAAUCCUACUGUUCGUGUGGCAAACCCUCUCCCAGUGGUCUCUCUAACAGCAAUGGAAAUUAAGAACAGAACCAUCAUUUUUCCUAGAACAAGACCUGACCAAAGCUCAGAGAGUUACUUGGAAAUGGAGAAUAAAGGGGUUGAAAACAUGAAGUGGAAUUUGUCAUCUUUUGCACCACCCUAUGUUAAAGAUGUGGAUGGAACUGGUAGUGUUUAUCGGGUUGGUUACUCCGUUUUCCGAUGUUCCCGUGUUUCUGGUAUUCUUGAAGCUCAUGGGGAAGAGAAGGUAGCUAUAAUCUUUCUACCUAGAGACAAAGGAGAAUACUCCCAGUUCUGGGACCUUGAGUGUCACCCAGUUGAAAAACCUAGUUGCAAACAGAGAUUUAGAUUUCAUCUUUCUGGAGCAGGUAGUAAAGCAGAAAAAGAAAGUUUAGGUGUGAAAGCUUCUCCAAGUGCCCUCACAAAAACUGAGCUUCCAGUUAUACCAGAAAGGAAGGUUUACUCUGGAGCAUAUACAAUUAAAGCAAGACAAAAUGAGAUAAUUCGAGGGAUAUAUGCACCAGAAGACUUGUACACUUUUCCUCCAACUAGAGUUGGGGAAUCAUGCACAUUGAAGGUCAACUUGCGGAAUAAUUCCUUUGCAACACACUUGCUGAAAUUCCUAAGACCCAGAGAGCCUUUCUACAUCAAGCACUCACAAUACUCCCUAAGAUCUCAUCAUUACAUUAAUGUACCAGUCCAAUUCAAGCCAAAAGCAGAAGGAAAAUUUGAAGGCUUCCUCACUGUGCUGUCAACCAGAUAUAAUCCAGUUACUAUUCGGCUAUGUGGUAAAGCUAUUGCAAAAAAAUAGUCAGAACAGUUUUAUAAUUUAUAAUAAUAACUUAAAACAGUUUGUAAUUUAAAAUAAUGGAAAAAUUACCACUACAUUUCUGUACUAAUGUCCUACUUGUUUUGCCCUGUGAUGCUGCUUUGAUGGAAUGUCUUCUGUAAGAUGAAUUAUGGUGCUUGUUUUACAAAUGUUUUCAUAGUAAAACCACAGAGAAAUAACUUUGUACAUUUUAAAGUUAUGUUCUAAUUUAUGU